CCUAGCUUUCUUGCGAGGUACCGCAUCUUCACCAUCGCAUCUUUUGCAGACAAUCAGACGAAUGUCUAAAUUUUCUUUGAGGAACAUGGCGGGAGCUAUGUGGGCUGCCACGUCCCUGGCAAAUGCUGUCUGUGGAAGUGCAGUCGAGCUUGCCGCCCGACUCUCCCCAGACGCAAAGGUCUACGGUCCCAACGAUUCGAACUUCGCCAGCGUGACUGCAAGGUGGUCGACCUACAGUGCACCCGGGUUUGCUUUCAGUGUAGAAGUAGCAACUGAGCAGGAUGUCGCCGAGACUGUCAAGUUUGCCAAUGAAAACAACACCCCCUAUCUUGCUGUAAACAACGGACACGGAGCUAUCAUCACAGUUGGCAAGAUGCAAGAGGGAAUCCAAAUUCAUAUGCGGGGACUCAACAGUGUCAAGAUUGCUGAUGACGGCAAGACGGCAGACUUCGGGGGCGGAAUUCUUGCCAAAGAAGUCAUUGACGGACUUUGGGCCAAAAACAAACAGACCGUCACCGGAAACUGCCAUUGCGUAUCACUCGCAGGUCCUGGGCUGGGCGGUGGUCAUGGAAUGUUGCAGGGACGUCACGGAUUGAUUUCAGACAACUUUGUCUCCCUGAAAUUGGUCACUGCAGACGGUACAAUCACCAAGGUUGAUAAGGAUCACGAACUUUGGUGGGCCAUGCAGGGGGCGGGCCACAAUUUCGGCAUUGUCACCUCAAUCACUUCGAAGAUCUACGACACCAAUCGCCCACUUUGGGCCUACGCAUCUUUUAUCUUCACUGGUGACAAGGUGGAGGAGCUCUACACCAACAUCAACGAAAAGCUCUUGAAGGAUGGCAACCAAGAAGUCGACAUCAUCAAUUACUCUUACUUCACGAUGGAUCCUACUGUAGACCCGGUGAACCCUGUGAUUAUGUUCUUCAUUCUCCAGGAAAACGCGGUAUUAGUGGACGAGAAAUUCACCGCGCCUUUUACCGCUCUCGGCCCCGCCACAUCCGCAGCUGGAGCUGGCGACUACAGGGACCUAUCCGUAUGGACAGGGAACGCCGAAAACCAGACUUUUUGUCAGAAACUCGGUUUUGCUGCCAUGCGAUACCCUGUUGAGCUUCAAGUAUACAACGUUCCCGCGAUGCGUGAAACAUACGACACUUUCACUGCUGGUCUUCAAAGCACACCUGCUCUUGGGUUUUCUGUGGUACUAUUUGAGGGUUACUCCACGCAAGGUGUACAUGCUGUUCCCGCUCCCAGCACCGCUUAUCCUUUCCGCGAGAGCAAUCUUUUAGUUUCUCCUGUAAUGCUGUUCCAAGAAGACACACCCGAGUUGGCCGAGACGGCCAAUGCUCUUGGCACACAGCUCCGCGAGAUCAUUCACAAAGCCAGCGGCGAACCAAACCUUCGUGUUUAUGUCAACUACGCAUUAGGGAAUGAGGGCCCCGAAGCAUGGUAUGGCGCGGAGCAGUGGCGGCAGGAUAAGCUGAAAACUCUCAAGAGCAAGUAUGAUCCCGAAGGCAAGUUCAGCUUCUUCGCCCCGAUCGCGUAA